AUGUCUAUUCUUGCAAGAAUCAUCACUGGCUUUGGGAGUUCGGGAAUGCUAGAUCUAUCUUCCGUGCUCUUGAAUGAUAUCGGUGGUCCCUUCGGAGUUGCGGUGUUACGAAGCUACUUCAUGACUGUGACGAUGAUUGGAUUCAGUGCUGGAGGGGCUCUAGGGGGAUUUUUAGCAACAUUGGUAGGAUGGAGAUGGUCAUUCCUCCUCCAUGUUCCGAUUGUCUUCCUUUGCGCUCUUGUCACGGUCCGCCAGCUUCCAAAAGACGCCCCCCAGGACCCACAAUCUGCCGUACUUGAUGCUAAUCAGGAGAGACAAGAAGAAAAAACCCCAGGUCCUGGAAACAUGGAUAUAAUAGGCAUGAUAAUCCUUGUGUGUGCUAUUGUAUCAGCCUUGAUGAUGGUUCAGGUGCUACAAGGCACUAUAACUCCAAAAAGAAAACUAUACAUUAGCACUGGUCUUGGGCUCGCUAGUUUGCUGCUUGUGGGUGUCUUUUGUGUGCACGAGGUUCAGUGGGCCAAGAGACCCUUGAUUCCAUUAUCCUUUAUGAUGUCCAGUCAAACCGGCAUUAUUGUCUCGACAGUCAGCGAGUACUUUGUUCGGACAAAAGGCUUUUCGAUGGCCGCCGCAUCGGCCUGUCUAGCACCUCCAGCACUUGGAGGUGCCCUUGGUGGCUAUCUAGCAGGAAGACAAAUCCAAUCGUUGGUCGCCCCUGUGUCAAUACAGUGUCUUUCUGUCCAAUGGAAACUAAUGAGAUUCCAGAACUGGUAA